AUGCGACGAGUUGCCUAUUCCCGAGAUGUAGUGAUGUUGGUGAUGAUUUCGAACUCGAGUAACCAAGACUUGGAGUGGGUUCGAGAUUUCCCAAGGUUAAAGCACAAAGAGGAUUCAAGUGAAGGGCUCGUCGGGACCAGCUACUGCCGAGGUAUCGUUGUCAGCUAUGUUCAGCAGUUGCAAAGAAGAGGACUCGUCCGCGGAGAGUUCGGCAAAUUGGGUUUUGUUGAGACUGAUUGA